AGCGUACAGGUAAAAUGAGAAUAAAUAGAGGGCUGAAGUGGAGCAUCAAUAUGGUCUGGGCAAUAGAGCAGCUUCAAUCCGUCUCUGCAAUUUCGCAUACAAAUCCUUGCUAUCGAAAAUCAUUUCUUCCAUCAGCCAUUGCCAAUGUUUUUCUCCUCUUUCCUCGCUCUUUCUCAACCGAAUUGCAAUCACAACUGUCCCCUGACCUUAUUAGAAUCAUGGAGAAAAGGUUAUCAGCUAUUGAGCAUAGAAGUGCUUGUCUUGAGAAUUUCAUAAAUCAGCUAGAAGUGUCGCCUACAGAAUAUGCAAGAGCUAAUAAAGAACUACAGAAACUUGGGGGCUUUAUGGACCUUAUAAUUCAAUUGAGGUCUAAACAAAAGGAAAUAGAUGGUUUAAGAUCACUGAUGGCUGAAUGUCCGGAAGAUAAAGACAUGCUUGACAUGGCAAAUGAGGAAUUGAGACAGGCAAUGGAGGAAGAGAAAAGAUUUCAGAAUUUGCUUCUGAAGUCAUUACUUCCAAGGGAUGAUGCUGAUGAGAGGGAUUGUAUUUUGGAAGUGAGAGCAGGAACUGGAGGGGAAGAGGCAUCUUUGUUCGCAAUGGAUGUAUUCAAAAUGUAUGAGAGAUACUCACAGAUGAAUGGUUGGAAAUAUGAAGUUGUUGAUAUAACCGAAUCUGAUUUGAAAGGAUACAAGGAAGCUAGUGCUGCAAUUUCUGGAGCUGGUGUUUUUGGGAAACUUAAAUUUGAGAGUGGAAUUCACAGAGUUCAGCGUGUUCCUGUAACAGAGAAGUCUGGACGCAUUCACACUAGUGCUGUUUCUGUUGCUAUCCUUCCUCAAGCUGAUGAGGUAGAUGUUCAGUUGAGGAAUGAAGAUUUGAGGAUUGACACUUACAGAUCUGGUGGUUCAGGGGGCCAGCAUGCAAAUACCACCAAUAGCGCUGUUAGAGUAACUCAUUUACCAACUGGGAUGACAGUGUCCAUACAAGAUGAACGAUCCCAGCACAUGAACAAAGCAAAAGCCCUUAAGGUGCUCUGUGCAAAGCUAUAUGAAAUGGAAAGGUCAAGAAUUCAGAUGACUCGAUCGAAACUUCGAUUAGAGCAGGUUGGUAGUGGAGACAGAUCUGAACGCAUCCGCACCUACAACUUUCCUCAAGGGCGUGUCACUGAUCAUCGUGUUGGCAUUACUCAUCAUUCAAUAGAUGGUGUGAUGCAGGGAGAGAGUCUGGAUGUCUUCAUUGAUGCUCUUCUUCUACAGCAGGAAAUGGAUGCAAUUGCAUCAUUCAGUUCUGUCCAGUGAUGAAGAGUAGUUCUAGAUUUGGAAUCCUUCAACAAUUUCUUAGACGUGAGCAAGAAAUUAUGGAAUUGACCCCACUUCUCCUAAGUGGUCUCAAAUGGAGGCAAUGCUAAUCGCCAUCCUCUUCUCAGUUAUCGUUCAAUAUAGAGCUGUGUUCAGUUCCCUACGCGCAAGUGGGUAUUAAAAAUCAUCAAUCUUAUCUGCCAAUUUAAAAACAAAGAAGAUAAUAUAAUUAUGAAUUGAUUAGCUGUAUAAUUUCAAACAAAAUGAUAUUUAGGA